GAUGGUGGUGGUGGUGGUAGACGGCUUUCACUUAUCGUGGUUUUGGUUUCACAUAUCGUGGUUGACCCGCACCAAUCUCUCUGUUUUUGAUGGUGAGGUAUUGUUCGGUUCCACAAUGCAAUACAUACUGCACCGAGCCAGGGGGUUCAAACGGAAGAGAUUGAGGCCUGACGCACUUCCGACACGGAACUUGCCAAAGCGCACACUUGACAUGCAUAAGCUGCCUCGGAAGCCACCGGCAAGAAGACCUCCUGUUUCAAGGCAAUCACAAAGGCCUAUAAACAUAGCCAACAACGUUUCAGAUGGGCUGCUCAAGAGGUGCCCCUGUGGUCAAGUGCUCAACACGAAUGAUGCGAGCCAGUUGCCAGGUUGGGAAGUGAGGAGGGAGGUGUCCAUCCAGUGUGACUUGCAACAGAUGCCCCCUCUGCCUCUCCCCAUGGGGAUUGUUGCAUCGGCCCAGUCAGCAUCAACUGGCAACAAUGCCGAGGAAGGAAGAGACCAUAGCACGGGCAAAUCAUCAAAAAAUGAAUGGCGGUUUGAGUGCCGUCUUUGCGAGUACUCAACGCCUAAAGGUUACAAUUUAAGAUUGCACCUGUUAACUCACCGUGCCGAGAAACUUUUCGAGUGUGAGGUCUGCCCAGCAGCUUUUAAGAGCUUGUCAUCUUACAGAGCCCACUUCUGCAAACAUACGGGGGAAAGGCUCUACCAGUGUGACCUGUGCCCAUAUUCGACUGCUUACAAGUCACACGAGUUAAAGCACAAAAAAACUCACAUGAAUGCCUGCACAAUGUGUUCAUACAGAACUAAAAGUGAGUCAAGCCUCCGUAUACACAAACACCGACACUUGAGUGAUAAGCCUUUCAAGUGCAAAGUCUGUUAUCUUGGCUUCACUCAAAAGUACUACCUAGAGAACCACAUGCAACAACAUUCGGAGUCCGAGUUGUCCUGAAGAGUGUGGGCUUUGUGAGAGCAGCGUCCACCAUCAAGCACCGUGAAGGAGGAGUAGAUGCAUGUGCAAGCCAGGAGUGGAAGCUGAACAAAACGGGGUAAGCACUGUUGAUGCCCAUUACCACACAUGUUCAUCCCUGUUCGGUGCAUUCACUUUAUCUGAGAUGAACUUCCCCUACAGAGCUUUUUAUGCUUACCUAUCCGGAAUUAUUAGGCACGUUGCAGUGUUACAUUUUCGAACCUUUACUUAAAGCUUUGUGUCCAUAUUGACGAUGCAUGCUCACUGGGCGGUUCUGCCACCUCGUUGGACUGACAAGAAACAUUUGAAAUGAUUUUGCUUGUGGAGAUGAACAAACUACCCAGUAAUCAGGCUUUAC